AAAAUAAUCAUUUUUUAUCAAAAAGAAACUUAUCAAUUAUAACUUAUUUUAUUAAUAGUAUUUGAUUAUGAAUUAUGAUUACUCACCUUUCCUUUUUUGUAAAUAUUAAUUAUUUUAUACGAAAUUAUAUAUAAUAAUACAAACUUAACUACUUUCUUAGUAAUUUUCAUAUAAGCUCUUAAUCGCUGUACACUUAUGCUUCAAUUCGUUUCACUUACGUCUAAACAUAAAGACUAUAGCAUCAGUUAGCUUCCCUACAAUUUCAAACGUCCGGUUCUCUCUUAAUAAUCGAUUAUCGAAGUACUGAAAAAGAUGCACACACGCAACUUCGUUGAGUUUGCGCUCGACGACCUUGCAAUCAAUGUUACUGAGCUUUUGUAAACAGUUGUUUUCAAACUGUCUACGAAUAUGCAUCUCACUAUACUAAAUGAGAGUGAUUAUAGAGCGCGAAAUCUAAAAUACAAAGAAGAUAUCGCUUAUAUAACCAAACAUAGCAAGUGGAUUUUAAAAUCUAUCGGUAUUUGGCCAAUAGUUCUAAAGGAUGUCACAAAAUUUCUACCGAAAAUCGUAAUUGGAAUUAGUAAUUUUGUCCUACUUUUCGCCAUUAUACCAUGUAUCCUGUAUAUCAUAUUUGAAGAGAAAAAUAAUGUAAUAAAAUUAAAAUUAUGCGGUUUAUUGAUAUUCUGCUCAAUUGCGUUGAUGAAGCACUGGGCACUCGUCUAUCGCAAACCAAAAAUUAAGAAUUGCAUCGAACAGAUACAGAAUGAUUGGGAACAGGUAGAAUUAUAUGAAGAUCGCGAAAUGAUGCUAAAAUACGGACAAAUGGGUAGAAAUUUAACAAUAAUUUGUGCUGUUUUUAUGUAUACCAGUGGCGCUAUUUAUCAUACAAUUUUACAAUAUGAAAUCGGUACGUUUAUCGAUGAAUAUAACCAUACAAUCAAACCGGUGAUCUAUCCCACAUACAACGGUCUAUUUAAUGUUCAAAAAAGUCCCAUUUACGAAUUAAUAUAUGUUCUUCAUUGCAUAUGUGGAUACAUCAUGUAUUCCAUAACUGCUGGUGCUUGUGGAUUAGCCGCACUUUUCGCAACACAUGCUUGUGGACAAAUUGACAUUAUUAUAGCUCGAUUGAAUGAUCUUCUACAUGUCAAAUAUGGAAAAGAAAAAUUUAAUCUGAACGCACGAUUUACAAAAAUUAUUAAACAUCAUUUACAAAUUUUAAGAUUUUCAGCGACAGUACAAGUGAUACUGCAAGAAGUAUGCUUUCUAGAAUUUAUUAGUUCUAUGUUUUUGAUAUGUUUACUCGAAUAUUAUUGUAUAACGGAUUGGAAAUUAAAUGACAUCAUUAGUCUUACAACGUAUGCAAUGUUAUUAAUAUCUUUAACAUUUAAUAUAUUUAUAUUAUGUUAUAUUGGUGAACUUCUAAUGGAAAAGAGCAGCAGCAUCGGAUUAUCCUGUUUUAUGAUUGAUUGGUAUCACUUACCUGUUAAGACAAUUCAAGGGCUCAUCUUAAUAAUUGCCAUAUCACAUAGUCCAACAAAAAUAAGUGCUGGCGGAAUAGUUGAUUUAUCUCUGUUUACUUUUGCAAAUAUUUUAAAGACAUCAUUUGUGUAUUUAAAUUUCAUUCGAGCUAUGAUCACGUAAUAAUUUAGCAAUUUUUGUUUUAUAGUUAGCUUAUAUAAUAUAUAUAAAUAAAAAAAAUGUAUUAUAAAAACAUUUUUUAUUUUUAAAUUACUUUGCUUAAUCAUAAUAUAUCACAACUAUAUAUAGAACAAAUAAAUAAAUAACUUAUUUGUUUAUUAAAAACGAAAAAA